AUGGAGCAAGAAAUUCCUAAAGGCAAAACAAAGUUUAUCUCGAAUAGCAUUUCAUUUAUAGUUGAUGACCGCUAUGAAUACAUCAAUCAGCUGAGUUCAGGCUCUUUUGAUGCAAUUGUCUCUGCCAUUGACCAUCAAACCAACACAAAAGUUGCAAUUAAAAAAUUUUCGAACAUAUUUCAAGAUUUGAUUGAUACAAAAAAUAUUUUGUGAAUGCUAAAAAUACUCCAAUUCUUGAAUCACCAGAACAUAGUUAAUUUACUCAAUAUUCAGCUCCCUCCGUCAAGAUUUUGCUACAAUGAUAUCUAUAUAGUAACUGACCUAAUGGAAGUUAAUUUGUGUAGAGUUAUUCGUUCUGGACAAGAGCUAACAGAUGAACAUAUCCAAUACUUUAUGUACCAGCUACUAAGAGGGGUUUGCUACAUUCAUUCAGCCAACAUAACACAUAGGAAUAUAUCUCCAAUUCAUAUCCUCCUCAACAGAAACUGCGAUCUUAAAAUUUCUGGGUGGGGUUUUGCAAGGAGUUGUAGUGAAAUUGCUGAAAAUUUAGAAGAAUACGUUGGCAGCAGAUGAUAUCGGGCUCCUGAGAUGAUUCUAAAUUCUUUCAGAAACACAAAAUCAAUAGACAUAUGGAGCUGCGGUUGUAUUUUCGCAGAAAUCCUUGGAAGAAAUCCAGUGUUUCCUGGCAAAAACUAUCUCGAUCAGAUAAAAGUAAUUGUGAAGGUACUAGGAACUCCUACUCGCGAAGAUAUAGGCUUCAUUAGCAACUCAGCUGCUAAAAGAUUUGUUGAAAGCCUUCCACAAACUGAAAAAAUAGAAUGAUCUGUUUUGUUUCCUACAGCAAGUACAGAUAUGCUAGAUUUGCUUGAUAAAAUGCUUCAAUUUAGCCCCAAGAAAAGAUGAGCUGCAGAACAGUGCUUAGCACAUCCUUAUUUUCGAGACUUGCACGAGUCUCAAGAAAUUCUUGCAGACAAGCAUUUUGAUGCCAGUUUUGAUAAUUCUGAGUUAACAAGAGACCAGCUUUCUAAUUUUAUAUAUGAAGAAGCCCUUCAAUUUCAUCCUAAUAUAUAA